CAAACGCGGCGGCGGGAGGCGCGGGGCGGAGCAGAUCGCAGACCAGCCGGGUCCGCAGAGCCACCAGUGGGGAGAUGUUGAAGUUCAAAUAUGGAGCGCGGAAUCCUUUGGAUGCUGGUGCUGCUGAACCCAUUGCCAGCCGGGCCUCCAGGCUGAAUCUAUUCUUCCAGGGGAAACCACCCUUUAUGACUCAACAGCAGAUGUCUCCUCUUUCCCGAGAAGGGAUAUUAGAUGCCCUCUUUGUUCUCUUUGAAGAAUGCAGUCAGCCUGCUCUGAUGAAGAUUAAGCAUGUGAGCAACUUUGUCCGGAAGUAUUCCGACACCAUAGCUGAGUUACAGGAGCUCCAGCCUUCGGCAAAGGACUUUGAAGUCAGAAGUCUUGUAGGUUGUGGUCACUUUGCUGAAGUGCAGGUGGUGAGAGAGAAGGCAACCGGGGACAUCCAUGCUAUGAAAGUGAUGAAGAAGAAGGCUUUAUUGGCCCAGGAGCAGGUUUCAUUUUUUGAGGAAGAGCGGAACAUACUAUCUCGAAGCACAAGCCCGUGGAUCCCCCAAUUACAGUAUGCCUUUCAGGACAAAAAUCACCUUUAUCUGGUCAUGGAAUAUCAGCCUGGAGGGGACUUGCUGUCACUUUUGAAUAGAUAUGAGGACCAGUUAGAUGAAAACCUGAUUCAGUUUUACCUAGCUGAACUGAUUUUGGCUGUUCACAGUGUUCAUCAGAUGGGAUAUGUGCAUCGAGACAUCAAGCCCGAGAACAUUCUCAUUGACCGCACAGGACACAUCAAGCUGGUGGAUUUUGGAUCUGCUGCAAAAAUGAAUUCAAACAAGAUGGUGAAUGCCAGACUCCCAAUUGGGACCCCGGAUUACAUGGCUCCUGAAGUGCUGACUGUGAUGAAUGCGGACGGAAAAGGCACCUACGGCCUGGACUGUGACUGGUGGUCAGUGGGCGUGAUUGCCUAUGAGAUGAUUUAUGGGAGAUCCCCCUUCGCAGAGGGAACCUCUGCCAGAACCUUCAAUAACAUCAUGAAUUUCCAGCGGUUUUUGAAGUUUCCAGAUGACCCCAAAGUGAGCAGUGACUUUCUUGAUCUGAUUCAAAGUUUGUUGUGUGGCCAGAAAGAGAGACUGAAGUUUGAAGGUCUCUGCUGCCAUCCUUUCUUCUCUAAAAUCGACUGGAAUAACAUUCGUAACUCUCCUCCCCCCUUCGUUCCCACCCUCAAGUCUGACGAUGACACCUCCAAUUUUGAUGAACCAGAGAAGAAUUCGUGGGUUUCAUCCUCUCCGUGCCAGCUGAGCCCCUCAGGUUUCUCGGGUGAAGAACUGCCGUUUGUGGGGUUUUCGUACAGCAAGGCACUGGGGAUUCUUGGUAGAUCUGAGUCUGUUGUGUCGGGUCUGGACUCCCCUGCCAAGACUAGCUCCAUGGAAAAGAAACUUCUCAUCAAAAGCAAAGAGCUACAAGACUCUCAGGACAAGUGUCACAAGAUGGAGCAGGAAAUGACCCGGUUACAUCGGAGAGUGUCAGAGGUGGAGGCUGUGCUUAGUCAGAAGGAGGUGGAGCUGAAGGCCUCUGAGACUCAGAGAUCCCUCCUGGAGCAGGACCUUGCUACCUACAUCACAGAAUGCAGUAGCUUAAAGCGAAGUUUGGAGCAAGCACGGAUGGAGGUGUCCCAGGAGGAUGACAAAGCACUGCAGCUUCUCCAUGAUAUCAGAGAGCAGAGCCGGAAGCUCCAAGAAAUCAAAGAGCAGGAGUACCAGGCUCAAGUGGAAGAAAUGAGGUUGAUGAUGAAUCAGUUGGAAGAGGACCUUGUCUCAGCAAGAAGACGGAGUGAUCUCUAUGAAUCUGAGCUGAGAGAGUCUCGGCUCGCUGCUGAAGAAUUCAAGCGGAAAGCGACAGAAUGUCAGCAUAAACUGUUGAAGGCUAAGGAUCAAGGGAAGCCUGAAGUGGGAGAAUAUGCGAAACUGGAGAAGAUCAAUGCUGAGCAGCAGCUCAAAAUUCAGGAGCUCCAAGAGAAACUGGAGAAGGCUGUAAAAGCCAGCACCGAGGCCACCGAGCUGCUGCAGAAUAUCCGCCAGGCAAAGGAGCGAGCCGAGAGGGAGCUGGAAAAGCUGCAGAACCGAGAGGAUUCUUCUGAAGGCAUUAGAAAGAAGCUGGUGGAAGCCGAGGAACGUCGCCAUUCUCUGGAGAACAAGGUAAAGAGACUAGAGACCAUGGAGCGUAGAGAAAACAGACUGAAGGAUGACAUCCAGACAAAAUCCCAACAGAUCCAGCAGAUGGCUGAUAAAAUUCUGGAACUCGAAGAGAAACAUCGGGAGGCCCAAGUUUCAGCCCAGCACCUAGAAGUGCACCUGAAACAGAAAGAGCAGCACUACGAGGAAAAGAUUAAAGUGUUGGACAAUCAGAUAAAGAAAGACCUGGCCGACAAGGAGACGCUGGAGAACAUGAUGCAGAGACACGAGGAGGAGGCCCAUGAGAAGGGCAAAAUUCUCAGCGAACAGAAGGCGAUGAUCAAUGCUAUGGAUUCCAAGAUCAGAUCCCUGGAACAGAGGAUUGUGGAACUGUCUGAAGCCAAUAAACUUGCAGCAAAUAGCAGUCUUUUUACCCAAAGGAACAUGAAGGCUCAAGAAGAGAUGAUUUCUGAACUCAGGCAACAGAAAUUUUACCUGGAGACCCAGGCUGGGAAAUUGGAGGCCCAGAACCGAAAGCUGGAGGAGCAGCUGGAGAAGAUCAGCCACCAAGACCACAGUGACAAGAAUCGGCUGCUGGAACUGGAGACAAGACUGCGGGAGGUCAGUCUAGAGCACGAGGAGCAGAAACUGGAGCUCAAGCGCCAGCUCACAGAGCUACAGCUCUCCCUGCAGGAGCGUGAGUCACAGUUGACAGCCCUGCAGGCUGCCCGGGCGGCCCUGGAAAGCCAGCUUCGCCAGGCAAAGACAGAGCUGGAAGAGACCACAGCAGAAGCCGAAGAGGAGAUCCAGGCGCUCACGGCACAUAGAGAUGAAAUCCAGCGCAAAUUUGAUGCUCUUCGUAACAGCUGUACUGUAAUCACAGACCUGGAGGAGCAGCUAAACCAGCUGACCGAGGAUAACGCUGAACUCAACAACCAAAACUUCUACUUGUCCAAACAACUCGAUGAGGCUUCCGGCGCCAACGAUGAGAUUGUACAACUGCGAAGUGAAGUGGACCACCUUCGCCGGGAGAUCACAGAACGAGAGAUGCAGCUUACCAGCCAGAAGCAAACGAUGGAGGCUCUGAAGACCACGUGUACCAUGCUGGAGGAACAGGUCAUGGAUUUGGAGGCCCUAAACGACGAGCUGCUAGAAAAAGAGCGGCAGUGGGAGGCCUGGAGGAGCGUCCUGGGUGACGAGAAAUCCCAGUUUGAGUGUCGGGUUCGAGAGCUGCAGAGGAUGUUGGACACCGAGAAACAGAGCAGGGCGAGAGCCGAUCAGCGGAUCACCGAGUCUCGCCAGGUGGUGGAGCUGGCAGUGAAGGAGCACAAGGCGGAGAUUCUCGCUCUGCAGCAGGCUCUCAAAGAGCAGAAGCUGAAGGCCGAGAGCCUCUCUGACAAGCUCAAUGACCUGGAGAAGAAGCAUGCUAUGCUUGAAAUGAAUGCCCGAAGCUUACAACAGAAGCUGGAGACUGAACGAGAGCUCAAACAGAGGCUUCUGGAAGAGGUGAGUGUGAAACACCUGGGAUAAGGGCCAAGUAGAAUUUUUUCUUUUAAUAGGCUUUAUUCUUUGGAGCAGCUUUAGGUUCACAGCAAAAUUGAGCAGAAAGCACAGAGAGUUCCCACAUACUCCCUGCCCCCUCCUCCCACAACGUCCCCAGCUGUCAACACCCUGUUCCAGAGUGGUCCAUUUGUUACAAUCAAUGGGCCUGCACUGACACAUCAUCAUCACCCCAAAUGCAUACUUUAAAUUAGGUUUGCUCUUGGUGUUGUACAUUCUAUGAGUUUUGACAAAUGUAUAGUGACAGUUAUCCACCUUUACCAUAUCAUACAGGAUAGUUUCACUGCCCUAAAAACCCUCUGUGCUCUGCCUGUUCAUCCCUCCCCACCCUCAACU